AUGAACUUGUGUGAUAAACCAACUUGGGAAGCGCUGACUUUUCUAGUUUCCCAAGAGACUCAAGAGAAAUUUAUAGACUAUUUGUGUACCGCAUGGGGUAACGUUGUGAACGAGGGACUGGAACACUCGCAGGAUUACUUGGAGUACUUGCAGGAUUUCUUACGAGAACACUGGAUCGAAGCUACUGCUAUCACUGUUGCCGUCAUUGUAUUACUGUUAUUUAUUGGAAUAUGGUUGAUAAGGAAGAAGCGUGUCUCUCGCGUAAGGCUUGUGAACUCCAAGUCGAUAAGAGAAUCAUCCUUGCACAUACCACGUCCAUUCAAAUGGCACGCUUAUGUGUGGCCGUUUGCGAUCCUUUAUCCUCUAUGGAGCUAUGUGUAUUUCUUUGCGUAUGAUGAAUUUAUAAGAUCGGAAGAAUACACUUUUCUAACUCUCGGGACAUUGCUUACGGCAAACGCCUUAAUAUUUUUGACUUGUCAAUGGAGCGUGAGGCUGAAAGCGUUUUUUACAUGCAGAAAAGCUUCGGAGACUGACGUGCAAACUGCAAAAGUCAUCAAGAUUAUUCCUGCUCCCCAUAAGGGCAAAGGUGAAUUGUGUUCUAUUAAUCAUUACAAGAAUGGAGAGAUUUCUUUUUUUUAUCAAAGAAAGAAAUACAUCUGGAAUGAAGAUAAAAAGUAUUUCAGUAAGCUUUUAUACCCGAAUGAUCUUCAGCCGACUCUUUCAACGUAUCAACGUAAUCGAGGUUUAGAAACACGUCAAGAGAUUGAUGUUGCAAGGGAGAAAUAUGGAUUCAAUCGGUUCGAUAUACCCGUGCCGUCAUUCCGUCAAUUGUUCAAGGAGCACGCUGUUGCACCAUUCUUCGUGUUUCAGCUUUUUUGUGUUGGUUUAUGGGUUAUUGAUGAAUAUUGGUAUUAUUCUGUAUUUACUUUGAUCAUGUUGGUAAUCUUUGAGUCGACUGUCGUAUUUCAGCGGCUGAAAACACUGAAUGAAUUUCGCACAAUGUCUAUUAAACCUUACCCUAUCCACGUGAGACGUCAACACCGUUGGAUAACAGUGAAUUCAGAUGAAUUGCUCCCUGGUGACUUGGCAUCAGUUGUUCGUACGGACGGGGAGAGUGGAGUUCCAUGCGAUAUGAUUCUGAUAAACGGAUCAUGUAUAGUGAAUGAGGCUAUGUUAUCAGGAGAAUCUACGCCCCUAUUAAAGGAAUCGAUUAAUCUUCGCAAUGGAAAUGACGUUCUUGACAUGAAUGUUACCGAUAAGAAUAGUAUGAUAUUUGGGGGUACCAAGGUGCUCCAAGUCACUCCACCUCCAAGUGAAGAUUCUCUGUCAGCUCCCGAUGGCGGGUGUCUGGCCGUCGUGCUUCGUACUGGGUUUGGAACAGCUCAAGGAAAACUCGUGCGGACUAUGGUAUUCAGCACGGAACACGUGUCUGCCAACAAUUUGGAAGCUUUCUUUUUUAUUGUAUUCCUGCUCAUAUUUGCGCUUACUGCAGCUGGCUAUGUAUGGAACGAAGGUGUGAAGGUCGAUAGAAAGCGAUCAAAAUUAAUAUUAGAGUGCAUCAUGAUUAUUACUUCUGUUGUUCCGCCCGAAUUACCGAUGGAGCUGUCAUUGGCAGUAAAUACUUCUUUAGUGGCAUUAGCUCGUUAUGCAAUUUACUGUACUGAGCCUUUUAGAAUUCCAUAUGCUGGUAAAAUUGACAUUUGUGCAUUUGACAAGACUGGUACAUUGACACGCGAAGAUCUCGUAGUGGAAGGGAUAGCCGGAAUAUAUCCCGAGGAUCCGCUGACACUGGUAAAGCCGACAGAUGCAUUACGAAACACUAUUCAAACGCUUGCAACAGCACAUGCGUUAGUCUUGCUUGAAGACAACGAAAUUGUUGGUGACCCAAUGGAAAAGGCCACGCUUGAAGCACUCGAAUGGAAACUCGGCAAAGGUGACGUUGUCACGCCAGCAAAUAAUCAAUCCCACAAAUUUCAGCAACGCUCUGCUCUUCGAAUCAGACGUCGAUUCCAGUUUUCAUCUGCCCUUAAGCGAAUGUCUAGCGUUUCCACCAUGUCUACUCCCAGAGGAUCAAAGGUUUUCGUGGCUGCCAAGGGUGCACCCGAGAUAAUUAGGCACAAGUGUAAUUAUGUGCCUGAUGAUUAUGAAACGACAUAUAAAUUUUUCACUCGGAGAGGAAGUCGUGUGCUGGCAUUGGGAUAUAAAUAUAUCGAAAAAGAAUUGUCCGCUGAUGAGAUAAAUAAUCUCUCGCGAGAUGAAGUUGAAAGCAGUCUUAUUUUUGCUGGAUUUUUGAUUUUUCAAUGCCCAUUGAAAGAAGAUGCAGCAUCGACUGUGAAGAUGUUGAACGAGUCUUCUCAUCGCACUAUCAUGAUAACUGGAGACAAUCCAUUGACGGCCGUUCAUAUCGCCAAGGAAGUAGAAAUAGUCGAACGGGAUGUCCUGAUACUUGAUUAUCACGAAGAAGAGAACAAAGAAGAGCUUGUAUGGAAAUCGGUCGAUGAAACCAAAAUUAUCCACGUAAAUUCUGCCGAACCGUUUGAUAAAACUAUCUUCCGUGACUACGAUAUAUGUGUCACAGGUGCGGCAUUGGCUCAAUACGAGAACAAACCCUUAGUCAAAGACUUGUUAACCAAUACAUGGGUAUAUGCUCGAGUAUCACCCGGACAGAAAGAGUUUAUCUUAACAAGCCUUAAACAAUUCGGUUAUACGACAUUAAUGUGUGGUGAUGGUACAAACGACGUCGGAGCACUAAAACAAGCACACGUAGGCGUUGCUUUGCUGGACGGCAAACCGGAAGAUCUUAAGAAGAUCGCUGAGCAUCAAAAGAUGCAAAGAUUAAAGGAUAUGUACGAAAAACAGCUCCAGUUUACAGCAAAAUUCAACAUGCCCCCACCCCCACCCCCACCAGCCAUCGCUCAUCUGUAUCCGCAGCAAGCUCGACAACAGGCGGCUCGGCAGAAUGGACAGCAGCGGAGAAAUCCUCAGGCUCCUUCGGUGGAACAAAUGAUGGAACAGUUACAGAAUCUUGACGAUGAGCCGCCGACUAUUAAACUGGGUGACGCUUCUGUUGCGGCGCCAUUUACUUCAAAGCUCGCAAACGUUGUAGCAAUCAGUAAUAUUGUUAGACAAGGACGCUGCACACUCGUUGCUACUAUUCAGAUGUACAAGAUUUUGGCAUUAAAUUGUUUGAUUUCCGCCUACAGUCUAAGUGUUCUUUACUUGGAGGGCUUUAAAUACGGUGAUCUACAAGUUACGAUAUCAGGAAUAUUACUGGCUGUUUGUUUCUUAUGCAUCUCAAAAGCAAAACCGAUUGAAAAAUUAUCCAAAGAACGACCGCAAGCAAACAUAUUCAAUUUCUACAUAAUAUUAUCGAUUCUUGGUCAAUUUGCUAUUCACAUCGCGUCCCUUGUGUACAUUCUCGACUUGGUCUACAAGUAUGAACCGCGAAAAGAGGUUGAUUUGGAAGGCGAAUUCGAGCCUAGCCUAUUAAACACUGCCGUAUAUUUGAUAUCGUUAUCGAUGCAAGUCGCCACGUUUGCAAUCAAUUAUCAGGGUCAUCCAUUCAGAGAAAGUCUUCAAGAAAAUAAAACACUAUAUUAUGGUCUGUUAAGUGUCGGUGGAAUUGCUCUCUCCGGUGCUACUGAAUUCAUACCAGAAGUCAACUCUGCGCUACAACUAGUUCCAAUGACAACAGAGUUUCAAAUGAAACUCACGGCCACAAUGUUGGGAGAUUUCUUCGUAUCAUACUUGAUUGAAAUAGUAUGUAAAUUCUUCUUUUCUAACAACAAACCAAAGGAUAUUGCAAAGCGAAGAGUGAGGAAGGGAAAGGAGCAAGGGGAACAGUUAUAA